AUGUUCGCAGCGCGCGGCCUUGCUACCUUGGUUAUGUUGGCGACCACCGCCCUUGGUAUCCCAUGCUACAAACAUGCGCGAGACCCAACUGGAAAGAACUGCGUGGACUUGAAUAAGUUCGGGCAAUUUGCAAGUGACUGGUGUGCCGAUAACUUCAAUACAAGCAGUGGGGACUGGCAAAUGUACCCUGAUGGUGAGGGAAAUACCGGGUCGAUUGGGAAACUCGGGCAAUUCAAUGACUCGGCCUCGUGCAAAGCUGCCGCACAAGAGUCCAUUGACACCUGCAAGGCCGGUGGCUGGGAUGGGGCUGUCUGGAGUGCGGAUGGUGUGAACCUGAACCUCAACUUCUGUGCAUGGGUUGAUCCCUCAGCUUAG